GACGUCAGCGUUUCUGCAGGUGCACGGAGAUCUGCUGCAUUGGUGCAAUAGGAGCUCGAAGGGAAGAAGAAGAUUAAGACGACGACGACGACGACGGCGACUGCGACAGCGACAGGAUGGCCUCCGCCACUGAUGCCCGCUAUGGCCAGAAGGAGUCCUCUGAUCAGAACUUCGACUACAUGUUCAAGAUCCUGAUCAUUGGAAACAGCAGCGUGGGGAAGACCUCAUUCCUGUUCCGGUACGCGGACGACUCUUUCACGCCGGCGUUCGUCAGCACGGUGGGCAUCGACUUCAAAGUGAAGACCAUCUACAGGAACGACAAAAGGAUCAAGCUGCAGAUCUGGGACACGGCGGGACAGGAGCGAUACCGGACCAUCACGACGGCCUACUACAGGGGGGCCAUGGGCUUCAUUCUGAUGUACGACAUCACCAACGAAGAGUCCUUCAAUGCCGUCCAGGACUGGUCAACACAGAUCAAGACGUACUCGUGGGACAACGCCCAGGUCCUGCUGGUGGGCAACAAGUGUGACAUGGAGGACGAGCGCGUGGUCGCUUCAGAGAGGGGCAGGCAACUGGCCGAUCAUCUAGGGUUUGAGUUUUUCGAGGCGAGCGCCAAAGACAACAUCAACGUGAAGCAGACCUUCGAGCGGCUGGUAGACAUCAUCUGCGAGAAGAUGUCAGAGAGCCUGGACGCCGCCGACCCCGCGGUCACCGGAGCCAAACAGGGACCUCAACUGACCGAGCAGAGCGCCCCGCCGCACCAGGACUGCGCCUGCUAGAAGAGGGGCGCCCAGCAAAGCCGGCCCCGUUAGUCCAACCCCACGUGCC